CUGGAAGGUUGCUCGCUGUAGGUUCUUCAGGCAAAAGGGCUAAUACUAGCUGGUAGGGGAUAGGGUGUCCAAACUUUUUCCUUAGCUAGAAUACACAUUUUUGUUGAUAUUUCUUGUUUAAUGAGUAAAAGAAGGUUGUUUUUUUUUUUUUUGCUUAAAUGCAAUUAAAUCAGUUGCUUUUCCAUAGAAUCAAGAUAUAUAUGUAGAGAGAGAUGUAUAUAUGAACAGUUCUUAAUAAAGAACUGAAAACUUUAUAUGAUGUCCUGAUUUUUUUCACACGACUGUUUAUGAAGUUUAGUGGUAAAUAUGUAAAAUCUUCACAGCGUGUGGAAUUAAAAGGAGUAAGAUGACUCCAACAUAAUCUGUGUUUAACAUUUGAAAGAGUUUAGAGAAACUUUAAAGCCUCAGUCAGUAAUGAAAAAAAAUAAAACAACAGAUACCUUUAGGGUCAAGGCAAGUUAGUGAAAUCCUUGUGCAAACGCUGCAUUUCUGGCAUAACCAGAUUGACUGUUACAUGUUUUUUAAGGCACACCAACUUCUGAGUUUGAUGGCUCACCUGAAACAUCAUCUGCAGCAUUGCUGAACGCUGCAUUCAGCUUUAUUGUACGUUUAGUUCCAUAUUAAAUGAAAUAUUAGACCUAAGAAAUGUGACUCAUUAGUUAUAAACGGUGAUCACACAACUGGGUGUUUUCUGAUGUGUCUGCAGAUAAAUGCAAAAAAUAAAUGAAAAAGAAAAAUUUGAAUAGCAAACUGAGCCUGAGAGGACUUGUCGCCGUAUAAAGGUCAAUUAACUGGUCAUCAAACUAAAAAGUAAGAACAAACUAUUAGUAUAGGAUUUUGCAACAGGUUUAUCUUGACUUGGUUUCUAUCUCAAAAGAACACAUUUAUUUCAAAAAUAAAAAAUUAUUGCAUCACUAGGGGCGCUUAUCAGCAGGUUACUGUAAAUACGCUUGCGUUACUAGUUCUUUUCUUUAGAAAUUGAGGUGAAGGUUAUGCAGAAAUACACCAGUCUAAUAAGAUUAAAUAAAAAGCAUCAAAUGAAGGCAGUUGUCGAGGCAUUAACCAGGCAUGUAUAUCCCACAGCCUGUCCUUCCUGCAGACACUUAAUAAAGGUCAGAUUAGUGCUCAGUGUUGUUAUUAUAGCCUGUUGUGACGGGGGCGGGUUUACGAUCCGCUGAGCGCUGAUUGGACGUGAUGCACUCCCCUGUGGCACAUGGUUCCGUUUUGUGUGUACGCGCAUGCGCAGUGACCCCGCUCAACUGAUAUUUUAUUUACUCCCGAAACCCAAGAUGGCUCCUGUGAAUGUCUCAGCACCAUAGCAAACCGAGGAUGAGAGUAGCUGCUGAAAAACAACUUUCCCUCGACCGUCGCAUCCCCUGGAGUUCAAUCCGUAUGCUGCGGAGGAGGCUCUAACAUCCGUCUAGGCCCCGAGCAGCCGUCGGAGCUCCGCGGAACCUUCUUCAAUCCACCAAUUUGGAGUAGUUUCGCGAAGUAGCUCUUCUCGGUGUCGCUGUCUGUCCGGAGCGAGGUUCAGGCAGGCAGACUGGCAGGCAGGCAGCUCAUCCAAAUGGCCGAACCGAGAAAAGUGCAGUUUGUCACCCUGUCGGCCUUCGCAGCUGGUACAGCCGCGGAGUCUAGGAAACGCCGGCUUGAGGAGGAGGCCGAUUUCAACUUCGACAGAGCCGGAGAAGCCGAAGCAGGCAGCGGGGCAGGAGGCAGCGCCAGUAACGGUCGUCUCGGCAAAACCGGCGACAGGGACAAAUCUGCUGCCGAGAAGAGGGCGACCGUGCGGCUGAACCUGUCCCUGUCCGAGCCUGACGAGCGCACCUCCGCCGAGUUUAAUUAUGGCGAACUCAUUCAGAACAUCCAGAGGAAAAGCAAUCUUCCAAGUUUGACUUCCUCCAUCAAUCCUUUCAAUGAUGAGGAGCGUGAGCGGUUUGAGGUUGAAGCCCUGGCAAAAAAGUUUGAAAAUAAAUAUGGUAACACUGGUAUGAAAAAGAGAAAGGACCGGAUGCAGGAUCUGAUUGAUAUUGGGUUUGGUUAUGAUGAGACGGACCCAUUUAUAGACAACUCUGAAGCUUAUGAUGAGCUGGUGCCUGCAUCUCUGACCACAAAGCUUGGGGGAUUUUACAUCAACACAGGCACGUUGCAGUUCAGAGUGGCCUCCGACUCGGAGGGAGAGGAGGACAAGAAGUUGAACAAUGAUAAGGAGCAGGCGAUUAAUAAGAGGAAGAAGAAUGAAGUCAAUUGUCUGGAAGAGAAGAACUUGAAGAAGAACAGAGUAACUAAACAGGGUGUGACAGCUCUCAACCUCCACCGGCCAGAGAAGAAGAAGAGAAAGAAACUGAUGAAGGACUCGUUGUACCUUGCAGCCAUGCUCCGCCGUUUCACCCGGGAAAAAGAAGAGAUUACGAAAAGAAAUCCCAACCUGGAUCACCUCCGUUUGGCAGCUGGUACUGCCAGCAAACCCCAACCCGGAAACUCUACACACCUUCCCUUAGCCUCUAAUUCCACCCAGCUUCAGGGCGGUACAUCUGCCGGUGAUCUCUCACUCACAGACCUCACUUCGGACCCUGCUGUUAUGUCACUGCUGGGCUCCACCAACGAGAAGGAGCUGCAGGAUCUCCUGGGAGAUCUAGACUUUAACCUGUUGGACACCAACCAGCAGCAUGCAAUGGUAACGGCCAGAGAGAAUGGCAUUCUGGGUAUUGGUGUUCCCUCCCAAAAAGCAGUGGGAGGAAGUGGCCAAGGGCGAAGCCUGGGGUCUUCCAGUGGACUGUUUUCGCCACCGCCACUACCUGACGGACUGCCGGCUCCUCUAAUUAAACGCAUCGAGGACCUGCGGGCGGCCUCACGACAGUUUGAUCAGGAGGGCAGAAAGAAGUUUUUCACCCUGGACAUGAAUAACAUUCUCCUGGAUAUUGAGCUGCAGGUCCAGGAGCAGCCUCCUGAGGUGCGCUCAGACAUCUAUUCGCACAUGGAAACAUUUGUGCCAUGCAACAAAGAAGCCCUCCUCAAGCGUCUGAAGAAGCUCAGUCUCAACAUCCAGGACGACCGGCUUCGGGCGCCUCUGUUGAAGCUGAAGUUGGCUGUUUGUAGCGUGAUGCCUGAACAGAUCGCAAGAUAUAACAUGGAUUGCAUGGCCAAGGUGGCAAAGCAGCAGUCAGAAGAGGGGGAUAAGAACGGCUCAGAAGAGGAGGAUGAUGAGAAACCUGGGAAAAGAGUGAUGGGACCACGGAAGAAGUUUAUCUGGGAUGACAAGCUCAGGACAUUGCUGUGUAACCUGGUCCGUGUGAAGCUGAGCUGCUAUGAGAUGGAGAACCAGUGCACUCUUUCUGUGGAAGACUACCUCAAGGCCUUCUUGGAGAACGAAGUCAAACCACUAUGGCCCAAAGGCUGGAUGCAGACCAGAAUUUUAUUCAAAGAAAGUCUUGCUGUUCAUGGUCACCUCACUGGAAACCUAGUCAGGAGGAGGGUGGUGUCUGGACCUAAGGCCAAAGCCAAGGAGGGUUUGUGGAUCAACAAACCGCCUCUCACCAUGACCUCCACACCUGCCAUGACCUCCAGCCGCCAGCCUCCUCCCCCCCUGUCCUCACCCCCGGAGCCUAUCUGUCUGUCGGAUUCACUGGAUGAGGAUUUGACCGCUCCCUCUCUGGACUCCAUCUCCCAUGCUCUGGCCCUCCUCAGCAAUGCCUCUAAGGGCCUGGGCCCUGCAGACAGCCCCAUGUCACCUCCACCUCUUCAAAUACCCACCUCCUCUCCUCCACCCGUUGCCCCCCACUACCCCGCUGCCUCUCAGUUGUCGACCUCGGUUAUAUCCACAUUGAAACAACAUUCCCUGUCUAAGGUGGAACCUGCUCCUCCUGCUGCUGUCUCUGCUGGGAACUUAUCAGGACCAAUUCCAGCAACACCUUCCUCUACCUCCUCCUCUUCUUCUCCUGUUGUCUCCUCCAUGGCUCGCUUGCACACCUCCGGCCUGUCGUUAACCUCCAGGACUCCAGAUGGUCACUAUGGGCACAUUAAAGGCUCUGGUACUGUGGGCCAAAUCCAGACUCAGAGACAUGUUACCAUGGCAACCCCCUGUCACAGGCCAACUUCUGUAGUGGCUAAGAUGCAUCCACGUCCCUCCCCCUCACCUCCGAAGCUGCGGCCUCCGCCCACUGCUUCCCCCCUGCUGCCCCCCCAUCAGAAAGGUUUUACCUGCCCAGCGGGGAUACUGGGAACGAUGGGAGCCACUCAAGGUGUAUCUAAGAGCAGUGUUAAAUCCAGUGGCGUUAGCAGCAAUGGCAGUGCCCUGAACAGUCCCAUCCCACCUUCCUCUUCCCCUUUAUCACAGUCCCGCUCCAACUCGACCUCCCACUGUGGCCUGCAGUCCUUCUGCCCUCCCUCCCCAGCAACCUCCUCACCGUCCCCUACCUCCCACACACCACACCCAUCUCAAAAUAAAUCCCAAACACAUCAUCACCACCAAGCUAACUUCAUUACCCCAAUGCAGGCCACCCUUACCAAGUCCUCCCACAGUAGCAACUCAUCCCCCAUCAUUAAACUCACCCCUCGGCCCCCUGCACCAACCCCGCCCCCGUCUUCCUCCCCAUCCCCCUCAUCCUCACCGUCGCGCCAGCUCUCCCAUCAGAUGAUCUCCAGCCAACAGCAGCAACACCAGUACUCUUCCAAAACCCCCAAAACCUUUCGAACCCCCUUUAGUGUAUCGGGGAGCGGGCAAGUGAAGCCAACGCAGGGCAGCUGCAGCUUUGCAAGUGUUCAGAAACCUCAGCCCACACCGAGCAGCAGCAACUCUAACAAUAAGGGGGGAGUUGCACCAGAAAAAACUCCCCCCUCUUCUACAGCUUCAGUCUCAGCCAAUCAGCGGCAGAAGGUAGUGGGCGGGGCCAUCCAGGGCUCUAAGGCAGGAAAUGGAUGGGUACCUUCAGGUACUCUAGCUACAUCUGCUACAACGUCGCACCUCUCGCAGGUAUCAGCUGCAGGAUCUCCUCUCCUGAGCAACCACUCCGCUCUUCCUCUGGGCUUUGGGAUGUUAGGAGGUCUGGUGCCCGUCUCACUACCCUUUCAGUUUCCCCCGUUACUCAGUUUCAGCGCUCCUGGAGCUGCAGGGGCUGCUAGCAUGGGCUCAACCGCCAGCUCCAACUCAGGAUAUACACAAGCACAGAGCGACCUAAUGGAUCUGUAUAAGAGCCUCCAGUCAGGGUCGCAAGCUGCCCUACCUCCUCACUUGCAGCUUGCUUUUUCAGAUGCGAACCAAAGCCAGGGUGGAGACAUGAAGAGAAAAAGCCACUGACCAAUAAGAGCACAGGAGAUGAUGGGAGACAUCAUACCCUCCUGGACCCGUUCACCAAUAGGAAUCCUCCACUCUGAUUGACUGCCGUGACGACUUGGGGGGGCGGCGCUCCGGUGUCUCUUUGGAAACGGACCUAAAGAAGCUCGGGUUUCUCCUCCCUGCAGGUGGCGAUGACUUGACUGAAUCAUGUUUUGUAUAACGAACGGGGUACGAGAACAAGACCGAGUGAAUAUGAAGAGCGCUUCCUUUUGUUCGGCUUAGUUUUUCUUUUCGUCAACAUGUUUACAUACGACUGACCUUGAUCACUGUGGAAUGAGUGUGAGCGAGGUGGUGGUACGGUGGUACGCUCCAUUAUAUAAUUUGUGUUUAAGAUUCUGUGGUAUAACAGGAUGCUUUUCAUUGCAGUACAUAAAACGAGAGGAAAAAAAAAAAGGAAAAACAGAAUAUGAUCACACAAGUUUAGUUUUCUGUCUUUUUGUCUCAAUCGUGGGAAUCGUCGUGUCCGUGGACAUUUAUUGUUGGUCACCUCUGCUCCCACUGCUGACUGUUAAGUAGUAGCUUAAAUUAAUACUGAUAAAUUAUUUUUAAAUUUACACAGGGACAACACCAUGAGUGUGAGUGCUAAGGUUGACUUAAAUGUGUGUUUGUACAUACAAGAGCAUAUUAUACUGUUCAUUUCUUUCCAGAUUAUUCUCUAAGGACUUGUUCCCCUUUCACAAUAACGAGCAAGCUAAGUUGGACAACUGUCUCCUGCUCAGCGUGUUUUUGGUGCUGUUUAAUCACACUGGACGUUUUUCUGGAUAUUUAAACAAACAAAAAAAGAGACUUGAAUUGAAAAAGUUUAGUGAUCCUCUUCUGGGCAGAGGACACUUUUUGCCUGUGAGUGAGGAAGAAGUGACAGGAUUGUAGCCUACUUGAAUAUUUUCUUUGUAAUGUUUCACUGCUUACUUACUCAAACCAACUUAAUAUAACAAAACGCCUUAGUUUGUAUCAAAUAAGUAUGAAAAAGAUCUAUGCAGGACUGAAAAAGCUCAAUGCAAAGUGCAAGUUGUCGCGUGGCUUUCAACCUCUUGACCUGGUGGUGCAUCUAUGGAGGUGGGAAUGUUUAUUCUUGUUGAUUUUUUUUUUUUUCCUAUUGUGUUCAGAUGGAAAUCAAAGUGAAGUUUAUAUAAGUAACUUCUCAGUAUUGUGGAACAGUGCUUAGGCUCACUGUCAGUGUGUCUAUUUAUUAGUCACAUGAAACCAGUUCAUUUAAGUCAUUAGCAAGCCUUUACAGAUUUCUUGUUCUUUUCACAGUUAAAGCUGCAGUAGGGAGUUCUGAGAAAACCAUGGACUCAGCCUAAAAAUUCGAACAAGCACACCUUACAGGUCCCUCCCCCUUGCUCUCUGUCUCCCUCCACAGCUCCUCCGCCACCCUGCCGUGAACGUGCAGGCUAGUAAACAGCGCCACCGCUGAUGGCGGACAAAAAGCUGUGGCAUAUUCACUGGUAGGGACGAAACUUCAACAAUAUGCUUUACAUUGACUAUAAACUUGGUCCUCGUGUCGUUGGCACAGCUGUAGCACACCGGCGAGCUUGAGCUUGAGCGCCAGUACACGCUGUGCGGGGGGACGGGAGUAAGCAACAGGUACAUUAGUGUGAUUGACACUGCUAAGAUAUUCCUCCUGGCUCUGAUUGGUUGUUUCUGAUUGGGAGUGUGUAUUUCUGCAAAUGGCUGUUGUUUCAGAUCAUCAAACUCAUUGUAAUGUCAAACAAGAUACCAAAGUAAAUCCAAAAUGGAGUUUUCAUCCGGUGGUGUCACUUAUUAGGGGAAAGAGCUAUCCAAACCAAACCUGGCCCUAUGUGACAUCGCCUGCCAUCAAGCACUAGUAGUAACUGCUAAUGAGUCUUUUACAUUAUUGUGAACUGUUCUUUGCACAUCUUUUGGAGAAGUGGACUGCUUAUAGAAGAUGGCACUACCGUAUAACCCCAAUACAGCCCUGAAGUUAUGAUCAGAUGUUCCACUUUACGUGCAAUCAAAUAGAAACAAGCUGUCGUGGUCAUGAAGCAAACUACGACCAACAUGUUUGACUGUUAAUUAAACAGUUAAACAGAUUUUUUUUAAUGCUGUUAGUUUUUAAGCAGUGCAACAGGACACAGACUUCAGUAGAAAGUCCUACUGUAGUCUCGUCAGUCCACAAAAUCUUUUCCCAGAAGUCUUUGGGAUUAUCAAGAUGUCUUUGGCCAAAUGUCAGACGCAGAGGUCUGGCAGUAAUCAGACCUAAUCAGACCUGGGUGAGGCUAAUGAAACUGGGAAAAAUUGUCAUUGAUCAGUCAAUUCAUGAUUCGAUAAGGGCUGCAAUUAUAUAUUCCCAGGUUGCUUGGCUAGCUAUUUCAUUUAAUAAAUAAAGUCAUAAUUUGAGAUCUGGAUUAUGUAUUUACACAGGUUAACUUUGUCUGGUAUUGACGUUUCUCUGAUCUGAAACAUUUAAAUGUGGCAAAAAUUGGAAACAUCUGUAAGGGAGCACAGAACGUUUGAUCGCUUCGUACCUGGAGAAAAACUUAAACUAAGUUUAGCAGCUCAGGUGAAAAUCGUUCCAGUGAGUUGUUCUUCAUGAAACAGGCUGGAUCGGUGCUCACAUGUGGUUCAUUCUGAUGGAAACACCAUCAGUGACUGGAUUUAAGGCUGAUCUGACCUGCACUCCUCAUCAAAGUGCCAAUGGCCUUUAUACCAAACCCUACAUUAACACGGAUCUGUUUGAUUUAGCAGGUUGUAAUGGUGCUGCACUCUGCUGGUUAUCAAAGAGCUGCUAAAAACCAUCUUGCCACAAGCUAAGCUGAUUUAUUAUUAUUUACUGGCGCUGAAACAAGCGUGGAGCUAAUGACACAGUGGAUCCUUACUUAUCGGCACCCCUGGUAAAGAUGUUCUACAAAGCCACUGAUUGGCUGGGACUGGGUUCACUUAAGCCAAUUAUUUUACUAUUUAUUUCAAAAGUAUAAUCUCACAUUCAACAUUUUAUAAAAAUCCAACAUUUUAUUUAAGUACAUUUAUUCAGCAGAGUGAAAAUAGAAUCCCUGGAGUUAAUACUUAAUUUACUAAACUACGUUGUAGCCAACAUGUCAGCACGUAACAUUUCACAUGGUUGGAUCAUAAAGAGAAAUCUUUGACCACUCCAUUUUGCACAAUGUCUAGAUCUUCCAGAGGCCUGGGCCCUCUUUGAUGCCCUCUUCUCUUCAGCUCCCCCUACAGGUUUCUGUAGGAUCUGGAUCUGGGUAGUGAGAUGACCAUGGAGGUUUUCUGACCCACAGCAUCACAGGUCCUCCAUCAUACUUAACAGAUGCUGAACAGCUCAAUCUUGGUCUCAUCUGAAAUGCCAUGUAUUUUAUUUGUAGGACAGAAAGUCCUUUCACUCUCAAGCAGCCUGGCAUGUAGAUGGCAUCUUGUGGUUAACCUGGACACUCCUUGCUGCAGUUCUCGAUCUUUGAACAUGUUUUAUCUCCUCUACCAUCAUGGUCACUGUGGCCUUGUGACCAUUGCUUAAAAGAAACAGGCCUCUGUGUUGCAUCAUAUUUAUACUCCAGGGAGACAGAUUCAUAGAUCACUAUUAAGACGUUCCUGGAAACUGAACAAUUUCAUGAAUAAAUAAUGAGCAAACAGUUACAGUAACGUUUAUUGUUUGGGUACCAUUAAUUCUGCCACCUUGUUAAAGUGUUAUUUUCUUGGAUGUGAUUUGUUUACCUCUGAAAACUCAUGUUAGGUUGGAUUUUCCAUACAUAUUUAGUGUGUUUACUCUAUUGCAAUUAGAGGAAUUUAUUUUUACACAUCUUAAGCAGCCAGAAAAAAAUACAUCCGUAACCCUGAAAGCUAAACCAUGAAUGGUUGGUAGCCAUCAGAGACUCAACAACAGGUCCAUCUCACACUCUCUCACAAGACUGAACUUCACUUUGCUUUCUCUGAACACUGGUAGCAAAAUCUUCCCUUAGCUGAAUACCUCAGUUUACAAAAUAUUGUUCUUUCUGAUUCUGUCACUCACUUUUUCCUGCCCUGGCCAUUGUGUGUGUGUGUGUGUGUGUGUGUGUGUGUCUCUCUGACCAGCUGCACCAAGAAAGACACCAAAGAUUGUUCUGUUGUAGCUCCUUGUGAUGGGGUGCUGCUGGUCUGAGUGUAUUUCUGCGACUGUUCUGACAUUUCCACCAACAUGUUAACCCAUGAGUGUCGGCAUGGUCCUUUGGGAUGUCAUUGUGAAGUCAUGUGACCGGAACAGUGGGUGACAUUCUUCUAAAUUGUGCUUUCUCUGGAGGGGUGGGAGGAAAAGAAUGACAUUUUUGUGGUUAUCUGGUUACUCCGUUUGGUCUUUUUUAGCUUCUUUUUCUGUGUCUAUGAUGAAAUUAAAACAGAUGGUUUUCAUUAAAAA